AUGGCUAACGCCCCUUUGAAAAGACGAGCGCGUGAGUUGGUGGCGCAGCUGGCGAGAGACUCCAAGGAGGAAUAUGGCUUCAGCUCCAUGGCGCCUUCGAUCUACAAUACGGCCUGGUUGGCGAUUGUGGAGCGCAAAUCGGACGGAGCAAGCGAAUGGCUCUUCCCCGAGAGGUUUGACUACCUGCUCAGGACCCAGAAUUCAGACGGAGGAAGGGAUGCGCUCAAGCAGUCGGACCAAGCUUUCAAGUAUCCAAGUUUUUUCUGGCUGACGGACUGCAUACUCCACUCGCUGGCAGCCCUACUAGCUCUGUGCCGACAUGCUCGAAUUCCUGAUCCACCAGCCGACAUCUCUUCUCGAAUCUCCCACGCCAGAAAGUUCCUGAAUCAUAGGUCCUCCGCUUGGAGUUUGCAAGGGAUCACUCACUUCGGAUACGAGCUUCUCCUCCCUGUGCUUCUACGCCUCUUGCAAAAGAAAGAAGGCACCGUGUUUGCUUUCCCAUGCAAAGCGGAGCUUCUUCAAGAUUAUGACAAGGCAUCAAGCGUGGAUCUCGACUGGCUGUACAAGAAUGAGCCUUGUCGGGUGCAUUUCUUCUCCCUUGAGGCGUUCAUCGAGAAGCUGGGCUUCAGUCGACUCGACCAUCUGGUCACUCCAGCCGGAGUGACGGCCUCGCCUGCAUCCGCCGCGGCAUUUCUGGAGAACGGAUUCACAACCGACUCCCUGGGAGCCGAGCAAGUAAGCGCCACCCUCCGAUCUCUAAGACGCAACCUAACCACCGGCGUCAUCGGCGCAACCAAAACCCUCCACCCAGACGCCAACACCACAUCCCGGGUCCUAACAACCCUGAGCCUAAACGGCUACCAGCUAGACCCCAAAGACCUAGUACGCCGCUUCGAAGCCGAAACCAGCUUCGCGACCUUCGACAACGCAACACCCAACCACCAGAUACCAAGCGCAAGCACCAGCACCAGCGUCAGUGUCAACAGCAACAUCCUCCACGCCCUCCUGCACAGCCCAAACCCAAACGCAUAUACACCUCAAAUCGAGAAGCUGCGCGCUUCCUCUGUAACCAGUGGAGAAGGCAAAAGGACCAUCCAGACAUAUGGGUACGUGUCGCCCCAACCGAAAGCCCGAAGUCGCUUUGCUCAACGAUGGCUCGUAGAACAUCUCGCCAUACUACACCCUCCUACAUAUCGCGCAACCGCUCGCUCUCGCCUACAAACAAUAUCAAAAUCAGAAGCAGAAGCAGCUUCUUUCGGCCCCGACCUAGCUCACGAGCUUAUACCCACCGUUCUGAAGGAAAUCCGCGCCCAUAUUCUGGUAAACCAGCACGGCGACGGCUCAUGGGGCUGGCUGCAUUGCUGCGAGGAGACUGCCUACGCGAUCGUGGCGCUGGCGCGUCUGGAUUCUGCGGGUCCGGUGGGAGAGGAGGAUGGAGGGCAUGUUGUGCGGGCGAUUUCGAGGGGAAAGCGGUUUCUGUGGAGGUAUUCGGUGCCCAGGAGUCCGAAGCCGGAUCGGUUGUUGAUGGGGAAGGUGCUGCAGGGGAUCUCGUAUGUAGGUGAGGCGUUUGUGUUGGCGGCGCUGCGGGUGGAGCUUGAGGGGAUGAAGGGAAAAGUAACGGUGUUUUAGGUUUUUGGAUGGGUGGUGUUUCUGGGGGUGGUGGAGAGAUUGUGCUCGUGGUUUGCUUGUUGUUCUGUUUGUUGGAUGUCUGAUAGACUGUAAUUGCCUCGGUAGGAUGUAGUUCUGUGGUGAAUGGCGCGCUGUGCUGUGUUCUUGUUGCUUGACGUGGGCUCAGGAUG